CUGUCUCGCAGUAGGUUAGGUUGAGUUAGAGGCGCGGGGUAGAACUGGGGAAACUGGAAUUUCCCGCGGAGUUGACGGCGCUUGCUCUCCCCCUACUCAUUUUAAUUCCACGCGCUCCAAAAUAUCCGCCAUGGAGAAAUCUUGGAAACAAGCAUUUUAGACCUAAUUGCAACUCUCCUAUACCCGAAAAACCUGCUUCCUUCACCUGAUGGUUAAGGGCUGAACCAGGCCAGAAUGUCCUUUCUAGGCCCACUGGUGCUGUUCUGCUGAAGGCUGGGUCAGGUAUCCACAGGGACUCUGUAACACAGCUGCCAUCAUAUCACCACCAUGAACUUUGAGGGUCUGGACCCUGGAUUGGCAGAGUAUGCCCCAUCCAUACAUUCCACCUUGGACCCUGUCCUGGAUGCCCACCUGAACCCAAGUUUGCUACAGAAUGUGGAGCUGGACCCAGAGGGAGUGGCCUUGGACGCUCUUCCUGUCCAAGAAUCAGUGCACAUAAUGGAAGGUGUCUACUCUGAAUUGCACAGCGUGGUGGCUGAAGUGGGUGUGCCUGUGACUGUCUCCCACUUUGACUUGCACGAGGAGAUGCUGUGGGUGGGGAGCCAUGGGGGCCAUGCCACUUCUUUUUUUGGCCCAGCCUUGGAGCGCUACUCAUCCUUUCAGGUCAAUGGCAGUGAUGACAUUCGCCAGAUUCAAAGUUUGGAGAAUGGUAUCCUUUUUCUCACAAAGAACAACCUCAAGUAUAUGGCUCGUGGGGGACUCAUUAUAUUUGAUUACUUGCUGGAUGAGAGUGAGGACAUGCACAGUCUCCUGCUGACUGACAGCAGCACGCUACUUGUGGGUGGUCUGCAGAACCAUAUACUGGAGAUUGAUCUGAACACUGUCCAGGAGACUCAAAAGUAUGCAGUCGAGUUACCUGGAGUUACCAUCAUGAGACAGACAAAUCGCUUCUUCUUCUGUGGCCACACAUCCGGCAAGGUUUCCCUUCGAGACCUCCGUAGUUUUAAGGUGGAGCAUGAAUUCGAUGCCUUCUCAGGGAGCCUGUCAGAUUUUGAUGUUCAUGGCAACCUGCUGGCUGCCUGUGGCUUCUCUAGCCGCCUCACUGGCCUGGCCUGCGACCGAUUCCUUAAGGUGUAUGAUUUGCGAAUGAUGCGAGCCAUCACACCACUUCAGGUUCAUGUGGAUCCUGCCUUCCUGCGCUUCAUUCCUACAUAUACUUCUCGUCUUGCUAUCAUCUCCCAGUCAGGGCAAUGCCAGUUUUGUGAGCCCACAGGCCUGGCCAACCCAGCAGAUAUCUUCCAUGUGAAUCCUGUGGGACCUCUGCUAAUGACAUUUGAUGUGUCCGCUAGCAAGCAGGCCCUGGCCUUUGGGGAUUCUGAGGGCUGUGUGCACCUUUGGAGUGAUUCCCCUGAGCCUUCCUUCAACCCCUACUCCCGUGAGACUGAAUUUGCUUUGCCUUGUCUUGUGGACUCACUGCCUCCUUUGGACUGGAGCCAAGACCUGCUGCCUCUUUCCCUCAUCCCUGUUCCACUUACCACUGAUGUGCUCCUCUCUGAUUGGCCUGCUGCCAACUCUGCUCCUGCUCCCAGGCGAGCACCACCUGUGGAUGCAGAGAUACUGCGCACCAUGAAGAAAGUGGGCUUCAUUGGCUAUGCACCCAACCCCCGCACCAGACUGCGCAAUCAGAUUCCUUACCGACUAAAGGAGUUGGACAAUGAAUUUGACAGCUCUAGCCAGGUCACUGAGUCACUGAUAGGGCGGGAAGAAGAGCCACAUCUCCACAUGGUUUCCAAGAAAUACCGCAAGGUAACCAUCAAGUAUUCCAAGCUCGGGCUGGAAGACUUUGACUUCAAACACUAUAAUAAGACCCUCUUUGCUGGAUUAGAGCCCCACAUCCCCAAUGCUUACUGUAACUGCAUGAUUCAGGUGCUUUAUUUCCUGGAGCCUGUUCGCUGUCUAAUCCAGAACCACCUUUGCCAGAAAGAGUUCUGCCUGGCAUGUGAGCUGGGCUUCCUCUUCCAUAUGUUGGACCUCUCUCGUGGUGACCCUUGCCAGGGCAGUAAUUUUCUUCGGGCAUUCCGUACCAUUCCCGAGGCCUCAGCCCUUGGCCUGAUCCUGGCUGACUCAGAUGAGGCAUCAGGCAAAGGUAAUCUGGCCAGGCUCAUUCAGAGGUGGAAUCGCUUCAUUCUCACACAACUGCAUCAGGACAUGCAGGAGCUGGAAGUACCCCAGGCUUACCGAGGUGUUGGAGGCAGCAGCUUUUGUUCAUCGGGGGACUCUGUAAUUGGGCAGCUGUUCAGCUGUGAGAUGGAGAACUGCAGCCUCUGCCGCUGUGGCAGUGAGACCGUGCGCACGUCAUCCACCCUGCUUUUCACACUCUCCUACCCUGAGGGUAGCAACUGUGAUAAGACUGGGAAGAACUAUGACUUUGCUCAGGUGCUGAAGCGAAGCAUCUGCUUGGAGCAGAAUACCCAGGCCUGGUGUGACAACUGUGAGAAGUACCAGCCCACGAUUCAGACUCGAAACAUCCGCCAUCUCCCAGAUAUUCUUGUCAUUAAUUGUGAAGUAAACAGUUCAAAAGAGGCAGAUUUCUGGAGAAUUCAGGCUGAGGUUGCUUUCAAGAUGGCAAUAAAGAAAUAUGGUGGAGAGAUCUCCAAGAAUAAGGAAUUUGCUCUGGCCGAUCGGAAGGAACUAAGGAGUCCAGAAGGUUUGCUGUUGUGUUCCUCCAUUGAGGAGUUGAAAAAUGUCUGGCUUCCUUUUUCUAUUCGGAUGAAGAUGACCAAGAACAAAGGGCUGGAUGUUUGCAAUUGGACUGAUGGGGAUGAGGUGCAGCUCAGCAGCCUGGGUGCCCCCUCGCAGUGGGGCCUGGCCAAGGCAGAGGAGGAGCGUGGUGUCUGUGUGUAUGACCUGAUGGCUACUGUGGUGCACAUCCUGGACUCGCGCACAGGGGGCAGCCUGGUGGCUCACAUCAAAGUCGGCGAGACGUACCACCAGCGCAAGGAGGGUGUCACUCACCAGCAGUGGUAUCUCUUCAAUGACUUCCUUAUUGAACCUAUUGAUAAACAUGAGUCAGUACAGUUUGACAUGAAUUGGAAAGUACCUGCUAUCCUUUAUUAUGUGAAGAGGAAUCUCAAUUCCAGAUACAACCUGAAUAUCAAGAAUCCUAUCGAGGCUAGUGUGUUGCUAGCUGAAGCCUCCCUGGCACGGAAGCAGCGAAAAACACAUACUACCUUUAUUCCACUGAUGCUGAGUGAGAUGCCACAGGUUGGGGACCUGGUGGGCCUUGAUGCUGAAUUUGUCACACUUAAUGAGGAAGAAGCAGAGUUACGCAGCGAUGGCACUAAGUCUACUAUUAAACCAAGCCAGAUGUCAGUAGCAAGGAUCACCUGUGUUCGGGGCCAGGGGCCCAAUGAGGGUAUCCCUUUCAUUGAUGACUACAUCUCUACCCAGGAGCAGGUGGUGGAUUACUUGACUCAGUACUCGGGGAUAAAGCCAGGAGACCUUGAUGCCAAAAUUUCCUCCAAGCACCUCACAACCCUUAAAUCUACCUACUUAAAGCUUCGUUUUCUGAUUGACAUUGGAGUGAAGUUUGUGGGACAUGGCCUGCAGAAGGACUUCCGGGUCAUCAACCUCAUGGUGCCCAAAGACCAAGUCCUUGACACUGUCUAUCUGUUUCACAUGCCCCGAAAGCGAAUGAUUUCCUUGCGAUUCCUUGCUUGGUAUUUUCUGGACCUGAAAAUUCAAGGGGAGACUCAUGACAGUAUUGAGGAUGCCCGCACAGCCCUUCAGCUCUACCGAAAGUAUUUGGAGUUAAGCAAGAAUGGUACUGAGCCUGAGUCCUUCCACAAAGUACUCAAAGGUCUUUAUGAAAAGGGACGAAAAAUGGACUGGAAGGUUCCUGAACCUGAAAGCCAGACAAGUCCAAAGAGAAAUAUCCCAGCUGGGCAUGGUGGUGCAUCCCUGUAGUCCCCACAUUAAGGAGCUGAAGCAGAGGGAUCACCAUGAGUUUGAGAUGCAGCUGUCUUCUCCUCAGUGCUGGCACUCUGAUCCAUUCUCUCCUGUCAGUGUUCCAUGGUUCCAGAACUGGGAGAUCGCUUCCCAAGUUGGCUUUACCCUGUCCACUUCCAGAAUCGGACCUGCUUAGGGUCUGCAGAUGGUGCUAUUUAUAGAUUUGGAAUGCAGCUAAAUUGUUGCAAAGGUUCUAGGAGCCAGAUUCCUUCUUUAUCCUUUGCAAAAACAGUGGGCCAGAAAGAUUCUAGAAUUGAUGGAAAGUAAUUAGUGUUCUUAAUAAAUAUCCUAGGUAAUUAAUACCCAGGCAAAAAACCUGAAUUAAAACUCCUCACUGGCUAAGGACUAAAGUCCUGGACAGUGAUAGGCUGCAACACGAGAUCCACAUUUAGCUUAAGUCUCUUAACUGCCGGAGAGAUACCUGAAGGGGCCAGCAUGUAGCCUAGGUGGCCCUAGCAAACCAGUGUUGCCAACACUACUGCCAAAAGGGACUUUGGUAAAUUCCAGUUGAGGAUUGGGAGGCUGAGGCAGGAAGAGCAGGAUUGUAGCAAGUUCAAGGCCAGCCUGAACUUUGUGGCAUGACCCUGCCUCAAACAAGCAAACAAAAUGACUGUGGGUCCUAGAGGAAGUUUAGCUCAACAGCUGGCUCACUCCUUUGGCAGCUGAGAAGCAUCUGUCUUCCAUUCCUUCUUUUGGCUCAAGUUUUAUUUUUUUAACUUUUGUUUUAAGCCGCAUGUUUUAUACAAUAAAAACAAGAAUAUUA